CAAUGACAUGUUUUAAUGUCUGGAUGUCAAAUAGUUAUUCCAUUGAAUGUGAACGCUGUAUUUUGGUUUUGUUUCUAAUUUAGCUGUUUUUUCAGGGACCCCCUGAAAGCCCUCUGAGACCCCGUUGGUCCUACUUCUCGGCCCUCUGGCUGAGAGAUUGACUGACCAAGCUAGUCGAAGUAAACAAGCUAACGUUACGUGUUUUUUUGCUCUUUGCUAACCAAAAUGCUAACUAACUAGCAAAUUCUGGCUCAGUAAAUAUGGCGUUUCGACAACUUAUUAACUUGUACAAUUAUUGUACAAUAUCUAAUGAAAUGUGGCUAAGUAGAUAGCUUAGUUUGGAACUGGCUUUGGGAAAACUGUAAAAUAUUUUCUUACCCGCUUAUAACAUGAAUCCAAGUCGCUUGCCAAAGCGCAUUCACACGUUGCUAAGGAAAACGUAAUUGGUGUCAUGUUGCCCAGCAACGUCAGAACGCUCGUUGAUUCGACUUCUCAAGACAACAUUCUGAGACCACAGUGCUUCGUUGUCAAUCAUAUACUACACAUUAGUGUCUAUCAUUUAGCGCUAUUUGUAACUUUGUAUCCAAGGAAAAAAUAUUGAUACUGCUAGACUGACUCCGCACAUAGACCCGCAGGUAAAUUGUAUUUAUUAGGACCUUUCCAGAGUUGUCUCGAAAAUCCAGUACUUACAUUGGUACAAGGCUGUCUGUCUAGAGACUUUGUCCAGAGCAGCAGAGUAUAUGUAUUGUGCUGCAGCUCCAUAUUGUAAACUUAUCCAUCUCAAAUGGCAUUUUCCUGUUGACGAGUGUGCACAACUGGCAAGGGAGAGGUUGAAGACCAUUAAUAAACACACUCACCUCUUCAAACUGCAGCAGGUCCUUUUCAUAGCAGCCCUAGGUCACAAGCAUGCUCAUGAUAGGACAGAACCAGUGGCAACAGUCAUGCAGGUGAGACCAUCACUCAACAGGUACAUGGAGCACCAUUGUAUUAAUGCCACAGAUCUACACAUUUUCACCCUCUUCUUGAAAAUUGUGGAGGAGUAGAGGGCUGUUCUGAGGCUCCUGAAGGGCAACAACCAAAGCCCUGGAGGUGUCAUCCUAGACUGGAGCUACUGCAAAAGAUGGCCAGUUCCUACACCUACUGCGGACAGGACACCACAUCUGCUGGGAAUCCUAAUGUGGAUGUGCUUGAGUCCUCAGGACAGCGAGGUGGGACGGCUGGUGUGGGAGAUGUGUCUUUCAGCCUGACUGGUUACGCUACUGGUGCUCAUAACACUAAGAAGACCCAAGCUUAGAGAACAGGAGCGUGGCAUGCAAUCAAGCCAGCCUGGAGACCUCCGGGCCUCACCACCAGGAUUAGGCCUUUUCCUCUAUUUUACAUAA